UAAUUCUGCAUAUCACAGGGGAACCGACUGUGGGACCUAGUGGCAGAUUUACUGACAUUCAGAAAAAAAUCCUCAGCUCAUUUACCUUUUCUCACCAAGUAAUACAUUCUGUCGCCAGUAUUUAAUAAUAAUGACAAAAUGUUUGCAUGAGAAAACGCUGCACUCCGGGCUGCUUCAACAACAGGACAUAGAGAAGUGUGCAAGGCAUUGUGGGUAUGGGAGUCUGGAGGAAAGUUGGUUUCUCUGUGCAGAAAGGGAUAAACAGGGAUAAAAUACUGAUUGUGACUGCAAUUACCUGUACAAACAACACUGGAUAUUUUGAAUAAAUGUAAGUUAUAUUGGAAAGUUGAAUUUAUUUCGUACCAAAAAGAUAUUGGGUUGAGCAGGAACGUUCCUACUUCAGAGAAACCCAGUGACCAGAAGGGGCAGGAAGUAAAUAAAGCGCAGAGAUACAGGAACUCACACUUCCUCUGCUCAGUGGUUUAACUCUGACAGGUAACCAGGGCCUGAGAGUGAGGCCGUGGGAGGGGACGUCUCUGGUCCAAAUAUUCAGCUGACUUGGGCCCAGGAAACCACUGCUCAUCUGGGAGGGGUUGUAUGUCAGCGAUGUUACAGCAGUGCAAAAAGACAGACACACACAGAGACACAGAGGAGACAUGCUGAGAAGCAGAGACAAGAGCACAAGGUAGAGAUACAAAGGUACAAGGGUGAAGGAGAAUAAACUUAAUAAAGAAGGAGUCAAGAUACUGAGCUGGGAGAGAAAAAAGGUUUCUAAGCAGCAGGAUUCUAGAGAAUGACUAAACUGUCAGGAAAGUGAAAUAAAAGGUAGAGCGAAUGUAAAAGGGGAAGGAAAAGAGACUUGCAUAGCGGCCAAGGGACAGGAGAAGAGGGAGGGAGAGAUUCUUAAUCAAGGAAGAGAGACAAAUAGGCAAAUAGAGAGAAGAAGGGGAGGAAGACAGAAGAGCAGGAAUGAAGAGGGGAAAAGAAGAAGGAAAAGCAAGAAAGUAAGAAAGAGAAUUAGGGGAAGUAAGGCAAGAAGGACAAGAAGUAGCUAAAAUAGAUACUAAAAAUAGACAGCAGAAGUGCAAGGGGAUGAGGACAAACACCCAAGGAUAAAACAGUUAGAAAUAUGAGAGAAAAGAGAGGUGCGGGUACAAAAGAGAACCAAUAAGAGAAGGCCAAAGAGAACAAGAAGCCAGAGAAAUAUAACAGAGACGUAAGAGAUAGAGAGAGAAGCUAAAGAUAAGGAGAAGAAGGUGAGAGGCACCAUAAGAGUGUAGGUAACAGAGGCUAGAGAUAGAGAGAAGGGAGAGGUAAAGGAACCGAGGUGUAAUCAGGAAGGAAAAGUUUUACAUAAAGUACAGAACAGAAGGGUAGAGGAGUAGGAGACAUAAAAAAAACCCUAGAGAUAAGAGGAUAAGGAGAUGUGAGGAGCAUAAGGUUAAGGUAGAAAAAAAGGCUAAGGAGUAGUAAAGAGAGGGUCAAGGACAAAGUGGAGCUGAUAAAAGCAGAGGUUACAAAGAGCACAAGGCAGAGAGAGAAGAAAGCAAAGCUCUAGAGGGAACAGGGAUGCACUUGGCUCUAGAAGAAGACCUGUCCCAUUCUACAGACAUUCAGUGGAUUCUUGGAGGACUUGCUAUUUCCAUCGUGGCAUUUCUGUUGGGUUGUGCAAUCUGUCGGCAAAGGAAGGAGCUCGUAAUUGCCCCGAGACGGCCAGCGCCCCCGAGUCCAGAUCCAGGGUCCCUCUUGCGAUACCAAAUGGGUCCUUUGUCAUCCUCUGCCAGCUUCACUGUCCAUCAGAUUGCAGAAACAGAUGCAGAUGACUAUGAAGAAGACUUUGAAGUCCCUGCUCCAAGGAAAGAGCCUCCCCAACCCAAACAAAAUUCUCCAUCUCCAAGGAAAUCCACAACCGAAACCAACAGUCACAGCAGCUACGUAAACGUAGAACCUGAGCCCAGUUAUGAAAAUGUUGACAACAGUCCAUCUAAAAAUCUUCGCCCAUUAAAAGAUCACACGUACCUGGAACUCAUUGCUGGGGAUGAGACCACCACAGAGACACUCACCAAUCUGGACGUAAAGAGAAAUGCCUUGAAGAAGAGCGGCAAAUCCUUGUCCAUCCCAGAAAGCCUGAGCAAUUCCUACGAGAAUGUGACGCAGCAGGGCUCCCCCGCAAACUCAGAGCUGAACCCAGACUAUGUGAACAUGUAACAGAAGCCCCAAUCUCUGGCUGGAGAACAGGAAGGUUGGGCAUCAGGGGCAUUAGGACAAUAACAACAUAGACCAGCUUUUUCCUUAUAAUAAAUGUUAUACCAACAAGAAAUCCCAUUUCCAGCUUUCCUACUCAGAGUUGGACUGUUCCCAAAGGUCUCAGGAGGUUUCCAUGUGGCCCAUAGACUCAUGGACCUUAUAGUGAGCGUCUUCCUAGCGUGGCCUCCAUCUGAAACCCAUCCAGGACUCUAGGCACAAGUAGGGCACCAAAGACCCCAUGCCUAAAUGGACAAUCUCAAACAGCUUUAGGUUUGGUGGAAAAGUUCUAGAUAUAUUCUACAUCAUAAUCCAAAAAAGUACUUGACUGGUCGUGAUCGUCAAGGGACUUGGAACAUCCAAAUACAUGGACCCUUCCCUCCCUGGCUAUAACCGCUAUAUGAUCAUCUGCCGCUGUAUAUAUGUAACAUGUAUGUGCAUGAAUCUCACUGAGAAUCGUUUUAUUUGGCUGAUGCCAAUAAGGGUGCCUGGCAUAUUUUAAGGUGAAUGUACCAAUAAUUUCCAGGCAGAUCAACUUUACCUUGAAUUCUGGGUGACCUUCUAUUACUGAAUUCUAUUGUAUUACUUAAUUACUGGCUUAAAUAUUAUAGUAUAGGAACAUUCAACUUAGUAUUGUUUCUAUUUACAUUUUCACUAAGUUAACCAAUUCUUAGCAACUUUUCAAUGUGUCUUCUUUUUUAUCAUUUUAGAAUUAUUCACCUUCUUCUGCCUCUUUCCAGCCAUCACAUAGGGGUCACUGACCCCAGCAACCAAAAAACUAUUGCUCUGCGAGGCAACAAUUGUAUCGUUAUUAUUACUUCUUAUUCCUUAUCAGUAGCUUAUUCAUAUUCCAUUCUCUCAUUCACAUCACUGCCUAGUUGCUAAGGUAUGCAGGGAAGCUAAUGGGGCCCAGCUUGAAGGGCAGUUAGGGGGAGAUUUGGGGUGAGUGUUUAUUUGUACCCUGGGUACCCCUGGAACUAUAGCAGGGUGACACCCCAAUGUUUCUAUAUAUCUGUAACCUUGUUAUGAGCUAAG